CGUGCGUCACUCGGGCGACGGACGUGGACCGGAGAACGGCGUCGUAUGUGCGCGACUCCGGCGUUAUAGACGCUUCCAGACCGAAGGUGUGAGGAAGUGGUCUGGAGGCCGCUGCCGCGCCGUAGUUUUGUGUAGCUGCUUCCGCCGACUUAGACAGAAAGUCCGUAGUUUUGUGAGACUGUGCUUUUCUCUACUACAUACCUGACUGCUGCGCGAGCAAUUUUUUUUUACCUUUGUCUCGCGGAAACAACUGCGAUUUGUCUUCGAUCCGCAAGCCGGUCCGUCGGUAUAGCCGGGUGCUGCCCCCACGACCAUGACUGCCGCGAACCAGGAGGAACACUGUCACAGCCCAGAUGGCGUCGAGGUCGACCACCUGGCGCGAAAGAAGCUCAUCUUCGCCAGCAUCCUCUGCCUAGUCUUCAUGAUCCUCGAAAUCGUCGGCGGCCUUCUUGCCAACAGCUUGGCCGUGGCUACUGACGCGGCUCAUCUGCUCACAGACUUCGCCAGCUUCAUGAUCAGCCUGUUCUCCAUCUGGCUGGCGCACCGGCCGCCCACCAAGCGCAUGAGCUUCGGCUGGUACCGAGCGGAGGUGAUCGGUGCGGUGACGUCAGUGCUCCUUAUCUGGGUGGUGACCGGCAUCCUCGUCUACAUGGCCGUGCAGCGGAUAAUCCUGGAGGAGUACGAGAUCAACGCCACCAUCAUGCUCAUCACUGCCGGCAUCGGAAUACUCGUCAACAUCAUCAUGGGCGUGGCGCUUCAAGUUGGCGGCGUGCCGCACGGCCACUCGCACGGCUCGCACCACUCGGGCGACGACGACGACGUUCACCUGAAGGACCGUGCCAACGGCGUCGCCGUCAUCGAGAACGGCGGCUCGGGGCCCAGCUCGGUCGGCAACACGGCGCGCGGCUCGGGCAACAUCAACGUGCGCGCGGCGCUCAUCCACGUCAUCGGCGACUUCCUGCAGAGCCUGGGCGUCUUCGUGGCCGCGCUCAUCAUCUUCUUCAGGCCCGACUACCGCAUCGCGGACCCGCUGUGCACGUUCCUGUUCUCGGUGCUGGUGUUGUUGUCGACGAUGGCGAUCCUACGCGAGGCCUUGACCGUGCUCAUGGAGGGCAAGCCGAGCGGCAUCGACUUCCGCCAGGUGCUCACGCUGCUCGCGCAGCAGCCCGGCGUGCACAUGGUGCACAACCUGCGCAUAUGGGCCCUGUCCAUGGACAAAAUCGCGCUCUCCGCUCACAUCGUCAUCCGGCCGAACGAAGACGCCAUGCAGGUACUCAAGUCGUGCUCUCGCAUGAUCCGCUCCAAUUACGACAUCUUCGAGCUGACACUGCAGAUCGAGGAGUACCACGAGGUCAUGGACGAUUGCGCCAAGUGCAACGACCUCAGAAACUGAAGCGUAUACUCUCGCCCGAAAUCUGGGCUGUUCUUGGCCAAUGCAUCUUUUGCGGGCAGCGAUCAAAGAGACGCGCCGGCGACGCUGGACGGGACGUAGUGCGCCGCUUUUAAGUGCCAUCUUCGAGCUCGGAUGGAAAAAAAAAAGUGUGGACCAGAGGAACGUUCAGUGUGGAUUGCGCAGUGUUUAGGAGUUUUAUCUACCUUUUUUUUCUUUCUUCUUUGUCGCAACGUUGUUGGAUGAUUCAUCGCUGAUGUUCUGUUCGAGUUUCGCGAAACCUGGUCUCGAUACUGCCGCGGGUGGCAUAGCUAGCGAAUAAGUUGGACCGGUUGGUUUCAGGAUUGGGACAGAGUAUAUAACUAAGGGUGAAAGCGCGGAACCGGAACGAAAAGGAAACGGGACGCAAUGCUGGACGUAGUGUUUCGUGCGCAUCUUGUGUAUCUAGCGUUGUUCUGCGAAGCUAGUUUCACAGGACACAGCAUAUAGAUUUGUCUCAUGUGCUCCCUCUAAAUUUAGCUUAGUUGAAAUGUGUUUUCCUGGGCUCUUCAGGCCAGUGACGUCAGAAUGCUAAGGGGGGAGACGUGGGCGGGAUUGGGGGAGGGGGGGGGGGGUCGGAGAUGACUGUGCUUUACUAAUUCGUUUCGAACACUGCUUUGCACCAGUUACUAGUACUUCAACGCUAUCAAAAGUUAUUCACGUCGUGCGAGGAAUUUGUGUAGCCUGGUCACUGUGUGCGCAGGUCAUCUUGAUCACGUUAGCGUAUGAUAAAACUAAGCUGCGUCUCAAUGUGAUAGAUGCUGCGGCUUGAACUUACUCGUUACAAAAAUAAAAUCACGGUGUAUCUAGAAGAGUUAUAGACCAACGCGAUUUGCUGCAGACACUUCGCUUAGCUUGACGAAACAUAAUCUACCUACUAAUGGCAAGUCUGCUCCUAUGUUUAGGGAACAGAAUAAAAAGCGUAGUGAAAAAAAAUCCGGAAAUUUCGUCUGGCUUCUCUUUUGUUUCUUGUAUAGCUAUGCGCUGUUUGUGAUAUAUUCUACAAGUAGAAGUUUUCCCUGUAUUUCUCAGUCAUAAGCUAUGGGCUGCUGUGCCAUACUGCUGAAGAUGAGACGGCAGUUCGGGUAACAUAACCAGAUCAGCAAUCAUUAUUUUUUUGUCACCCGCACGCGAUGCUUAACCUAGUAAAACUUGAACACUGCUGUAAUUCGCUUUCUAUUUUGGAAAUACAACAAGUUUUGAUUAUUUCGCUGAUUGACAAUACAUGCCUAGCUUAAGCCAUAACGCCGUCACCAGUGUCAGAAAGUCACUGUUCCAGUCGUGGUACACUGAGGAUCUGAUUUAAGACUGACGCAGUGCGUUAAGUCUUUCCAGCAUAGUUGCUACGGUCAAGGUAAUAUAGCUUGCUUGUCAUUUCCCGUGCUUAAAAUUCCAAUCCACACCUCCCGCGGCCUAGCUUGCAUUGUACUCCGUCCGACUGCAGCCUUGUAGCUCUCGUGAAGAAUCGAGACGAUCCUUAUCACAACUCAUUUAGUGUUUUCGUGCUGGCUUUGAAAUGUAGCUGUGAGUUUUAUUAUUUCUUAGCUUCAUAUUUGCCGUGACUACUUAGAGCGAUGUUGCUUCAACCUAAAAUUCUAUUUCUCGCCGUAAAAGCCACAGGAAAGCAACAAAAACGAACGCUUCAAUGUGCCCACGAAUGUGUUGCGCGUUCCUAUCGGUUUAACAGCGCCGGUUCGCGUACGACGAACGGUUGUGAUCGCUUAGGCUGUGAACUGUGAUUAUGCCCCAAAGUUUAUUGUUCACUUGUUACUGCACUGCAAACUAUGUUGCAUCAAUGUAAGAAUGCAUUGCGUCCCUGUGUUGCAAGGGCAUGCAUCCUCCUGUACAUAUUCGCCGUGUUUACAUUAUGUAUCUUUGUACAUAACUUGAUAUAAAGGUUCUUUUUUAUCAU